CCCUGCAAAUUGGCAUUUGGGCCUCUUUUUGAACGGGUGGGAAGAAUACAUCCAUAACCAGCUUUUGGAAUUUUUACCAGAAAGAGCCUCUUAUCUUUCUCGUCCUCCAUAGCCAAAACUCACUGUUUCUUUCUUCUUGCUUCCUCCAGUCCAGACUGUACACCACCACUGCUUCCACUCAAAAGUAAAAAACCCAUGUGCUUUGCUUCACAGUCACAAGCACUAGCCUGCCUUCUUUCUUCUGCCGCCACCCCCACUGAACCCGUCUCCACAUUCUCCAAUCCCCAAUCCUGAUUUCACAUUCAAGCAAUUCCAUAAUUUCCUACAAAUUAUCACCAAAUCAAAUCCCUGAAACUUAAUCCACCACCAUCUUCACGUCAUCCAAGAGAAUUUUCUUGAAUUGCAGAGCUUGAGGAAUAACCCCAGGAUUUCUCCAUGAAUGACGCCAAAUUCAUUCACUUUUUCCUUCUAAAUUUCUACUUCUCACUUCUCGGUUCGCCCAUGGCUUUCGCGCCGCCAGAUAACUACCUCAUCAACUGCGGAUCGAGCUCAAAUGCAACCGUAAAUAGCCGCUUCUUUGCCGGCGACUCGAGCUAUCUUUCUUCGGGCAAAUCCACAUCCCUAACAAAUCCAAACCCUUCUUCGAGUUCAGCUCCACUUUACAAGACGGCUAGGGUUUUUACAAGCUCUUCGAGUUAUGAAUUCGGCAUCAAGAACCCUGGUUUGCACUUUCUACGCCUUCAUUUCUCUCCAUUCACUUCUCAAAGUUAUAAUCUUAGUCAUGCACGUUUCGCUGUUUCGGCUAAUGGGGUUUCAAUUCUGAGGGAUUAUGGUGUUGGAUACACCGAGCUUAAGGAGUUUAUUGUCGCUGUUAACAAUGAACAUUUUGAGAUAUUGUUUGUGCCAGCCAGCCAAUCAGGCUUUGCAUUUGUUAGUGGAAUUGAGUUGUUUUCGGCUCCAGAUGAUUUCAUUGUUGAUUAUGGGGCUAAAUUGAUUGGCCCUAACGGGGCUGAAGAGUUUAGGAAUCUUUCAUCUCACAUUUUAGAAACUGUUCAUAGGAUCAACGUUGGGGGAUCAAAAUUGACCCCUUUCAAUGACACCCUUUGGAGAAGUUGGAUCCCUGAUGAGAAUUUUAUAGUUUUGAAAUCGGCUGCCAAGAUCGCGAAUACAACCCAUAUACCAAAUUAUCAAAUAGGCGGUGCGAGCAGAGAGAUUGCCCCUGAUAAUGUUUAUAUGACUGCUCAGCACAUGAACAAGGAUAACUCGAUUUCAAAUGCAGAAUUCAAUAUAUCUUGGGAUUUUCCUGUUAGUUCAGGGGUUUCUCGAUACUUCAUCCGGUUGCAUUUUUGCGACAUUGUCAGCCGGUCUCUUAACCAGCUCUACUUCAAUGUGUUUAUCAAUGGGUUUGUUGCCUACAAAGAUCUUGAUCUGUCUGUUCUUACAGUCCAUGCACUAGCAGCUCCAUACUACAUUGAUUUUGUUUUGGAUUCGGAUGAUUCAGGACUUGUUAGAAUAAGCCUCGGUCCAUCUGCUCUUAGUAGUUCGUUGAGAAGGGAUGCGAUUUUGAAUGGGGUCGAGAUCAUGAAGAUGAUAAAUUUUGCGCCUCCAGAAACUGGGUCCAAGAAUACUCGUACGUGGGUUUUGGUUGGUUCGAUUGUUGGAGGCUUUGUUUUUAUAUGUUUGGUGACAGUUGUAGUUUUGUGGAUAUUGAGAGGGAGGAAGAAGAAACAGAAACCAAAACCUGCAGAAAGUAUGGGUUGGACACCUUUACGUGUCGAUGGAGGCAGUUCGCAUACUAGGUUAUCUGACGGGACUGCCCAUGCAUCUCCCGGGCUUAAUGGAUAUCUUGGCUUGAGAAUCCCUUUUGCUGAAAUACAGAUGGCUACGAAUAAUUUUAACAAAAAUCUAGUUAUUGGAUCCGGUGGAUUUGGCAUGGUCUACAAAGGGGUUCUUAGAGAUAACACGAAGGUUGCUGUGAAGCGAGGCGUACCUGGAUCCAGGCAGGGCCUCCCUGAAUUCCAGUCAGAAAUUACAGUUUUAUCAAAAAUACGACACCGCCAUCUUGUUUCACUGGUCGGAUAUUGUGAAGAACAGUCAGAAAUGAUUCUUGUUUAUGAGUACAUGGAAAAGGGGCCGCUGAAAAAUCAUCUAUAUGGUUCAGGAUUAUCACCUUUGUCUUGGAAGCAGAGGCUUGAAAUAUGCAUCGGUGCAGCAAGAGGCCUUCACUACCUUCAUACGGGUUCAGCACAGGGAAUCAUACAUCGCGACAUUAAAUCUACCAAUAUUUUGCUUGAUGAAAAUCAUGUUGCUAAGGUUGCUGAUUUUGGUCUCUCAAGAUCCGGUCCAUGUCUCGAUGAGACCCAUGUAAGCACCGGUGUCAAAGGGAGUUUCGGAUAUCUUGAUCCGGAGUAUUUCCGCAGGCAGCAGCUGACAGAUAAAUCCGAUGUUUAUUCAUUUGGGGUUGUGCUUUUUGAAGUCCUUUGUGCUAGGCCUGCUGUUGACCCGUUGCUGACAAGGGAGCAGGUAAAUUUGGCUGAAUGGGCAAUGCAGUGGCAGAAGAAGGGUCUUCUCGACCAGAUCAUUGAUCCAUACCUCAUGGGAACAAUAAAACCGAGCUCUCUGAAAAAAUUUGGCGAAACAGCAGAGAAAUGUGUGGCUGAGUAUGGCGUCGACAGGCCCACAAUGGGCGAUGUGUUAUGGAAUUUGGAAUAUGCACUUCAGCUCCAGGAAACUGGACCACGGAGGGAAGCUCAUGAAGAUAGUGAUGUCACGGCAACAGAGCUCCCAAUACCUAGAGUUGCUCUCCAAAUUCCAACAAGCCGUCUAAGAGACGAGGGAGAUGACGAUGGCGGGAUUUCAGAUAUAACAAGCAGCCGAGUAUUUUCCCAGUUAAUGACUAAUGAAGGUAGAUAGUCUACAGGUUCACACCAGAAAAUAAGCAAACCAUAAGCUUAAGUACUGACAUCAACUACAAAGCUGGAGGCUUCAGCAGGAACAUAUUUAGAGGUAAUAAAUGUGGUUUCAAUCCUCUUUUCUUCGAAUUCUAGUCUUUCUAGGGUCUCCUCAUCACUUCCUUUUUCAUCUUAUGUUCAGAGAACAUGUUAAUGGAUGGCUUAAAUAGAUGCAAGUAUACAUAUCUCUCUCUAUAUAUAUAUAUAUCAAAUUGUUGUAGACC